AUGCUAUGGUCAAUAAUCUUUACACUAAGUAUUACCGCUAUUAAAGCCCAUCAUCACAGGGACAUUGAUUAUUUUAUUCGAAAAUCGGGCAUACAGAAAUCCACUUUCCGACUAAACGAUGCUCACAAUGGCCAUUAUCACUUUACUGAUAUAGAUGACAAUCGCGAUCUAUGGAUAUUCUGGCGACAAGUGAUGCUGAAGCAUAUUACCCAUGACAAAGCAAAUCUAUACAGAAUGAGCCAUGCGCAUGGAAAAAUGCAGACUCCGAAAAAAUGGCAGGAGUUUCCAUGCCCUUUAAAUGGUACAAAAUCCCAAGAAACCCCAUCCCAUAUCCAAAAAUUAAGACCUGGUGAUAUUGAUGUGGUAGCGGCCAUAGGUGAUUCUCUUACAGCAGGAAAUGGCAUCAUGUGGUGGCCCAGUCCCGUGGUUGUUAUAGCAGAAUUCCGUGCCAUGUCAUUUUCUGGAGGAGGAAUAGAAGAUUGGAGAACUAUUUUGACUUUACCCAACAUCUUAAAAGUCUUUAAUCCCAAUUUGUAUGGUUUUGCCAGCGAUCAUGUUUUGGCCAUGGAGAGAGCAGCUCAUUUGAAUGUGGCCGAGCCUAUGAUGUUGUCACGUGAUCUCUUGUAUCAGGUACAGGUUUUGAUACAACGCAUGAAACAAGAUCCUCUUAUAGAUAUGCAGCAUCAUUGGAAAUUGCUAACCAUAUUUGUAGGUACCAAUGAUUUGUGCACCGAAAUGUGUCACUAUGAAAACAUGUGGGACUUUCUGCAGCAGCACGAACAGGACAUUUUAGAGGCUUUAAGAGAGCUAAAGCAAAAUGUUCCUCGACUUUUGGUAAAUCUGAUACCAGCUCCCAAUAUGGUAAAUCUAAUACGAAACCUUAGAAAUAUUUCCGAAUUUUGUGAUCUUGCCUACAACUUCGCCUGUUCCUGUCUCAUGAGCAAAACCUAUGGGCCCGAGUAUUUGCAGAGAGCUCAAGAGUUUAUAAUCCGUUGGCAAGCUAUCGAUGAGCAUGUAGCUUCAAGAGCAGAAUUUCAUUCAAGCGAUUUUGGUGUAAACUAUCAUUCUUUUAUGGCCAAUUUCACCAUACCAUUACAAACCAAUGGUGAUCUAGAUAUGCGAUAUUUCGGCAGAGAUUGUUUUCAUUUCAGCCAAUUGGGUAAUGCUGCAAUGGCAAAUAUUCUGUGGAAUCAUAUGUUAGAGACUGGCAAUCCGAGGGAAACAGAAUUCCGACCACCAUUUCAAAAAUUUGAUUGUCCAACUUUGGAGCAACCUUAUCUAGCAGUUCGGGGAAAUAUCUAUUAA